UACGGACGGGGUUGAUACAAGACAUCUUUCCAAUUAUGCAGUCAUUAUAAGCUGAUUUUAUUAUAUUUUUGCACUGUGAACGAAAUUUGGAUUACAAUCAACAGAAUACAUACAGUUAAGGCUGAAACAAACAAGGAAGAAGUUCUUGAUGUAAGUAUUGAGUUUCCGAAGUUGAAGUCGUUCAGUCGUACACGACAUAUUUGCUGCCUACCCGGGUCCUCGUCUAAAUGGAGGAAGGAAAUGAUGGCGUUGUCCAAGAAUUCACUUUAUGGAAAUCAGGAGGACAACGUGUUAUUUUAAAGAUUGACUCGGAACAAGGGAACGUAAAGUACAUAAGGAAAGGACAGGUUAAACACUCGUGUAUGAUAAAGGACCUAACUGUCACCAACAAGGAUGGGUUACAAAUAGCUGUCAACAUUGAACAUCAGCAGAAAAUUCUGUCUGCUGAAAAUUCUCAGAUUAAGGAAGAAAUACUAAAAAACAUCAAAGAGGCCAUAGAGCAACACACGCCUAAACCGAAUAUCCCCCUAAAUGAAGGAUCUCGUACUAUAAAAGAAGGAUAUUUAAUAAAGAAGGGAAAUGCUGUGAUUGAAAAAUGGGCCAGGCGAAAGAUUUGCGUCAAACAAGGUUUCUUGAUCUACUACCCCGAUCAUUCAGAGAAAAUAGUCAAACUUUCACCAGUAAUAGAAUGUCACGUGGAAGCCGUAGGGACAGACAAGUUCAACGUCAUAGUACCGGAAAGAACUUACAGUUUUCAGAUCCCAGACACUGUACAGGAUAAACAGGAAGAACGAGAUGACUGGGUCAGGUGCAUUAGGAUAGCUAUAAUGGAUAGAAAAUCACAAAGAGUGGGGAGUCAGAAGGUGCUACCGGAUGCUCUGAUUAGACAUAGCGCCAAUCGAAAAUCCUUCCCUAAAUCACCCAUAUUAAAACAAGGCAUUCUCGAUAAGCAGGGACACGCAACAGUUAAAGUCUGGAAAGAGCGUUUUGUAAAGGUGGAAUCUGGAAAGUUUUCAUACGCUCCCCCUGACAAAGUAGAGGAGAACAAAGUUUCAAUAAUAGCAACAAAAAAUUAUGGAUUGGAUGUGCAGGUUCCAGGCAGGACUUUUCAUUUUAGGAUGCAUGCUACAGUUGAAAACAAAGAGGAAGAACAUUGGAAUUGGAUGGAAGCUUUCAACAAAGCAUGCUGUUCUAGGACAUCUUCUGAGUUACUGGAAGACAUAAACAAAGAAAAUGGUCAUAAUGACACUUGCCCGACAGAACAGGGUCCCCAGAACACGAUGGGCAAUGCAGACGAUGAAAAUAGCUGUCGAUUGACUAUUCUGGUACCUCCAGGAGAUACAUUAAACGUGAUCAAAAAGCCAAGUAGGUCGGGUACAAAGAGACCUACCCGAGAGCACCUUAGACGGGAAAGUAAAGAGGAGCCUCCAUAAAAUAACUUUUUUGGGGGGAGGGGGGAUCUAGUGGGUGGCUGUUAGUAACUACUACUACUGAUUAUUAUUGUGUAAUCGCCAUAUAUGAUAUUAUAUCAUAUAUAGUAUUUAAACUAUAUUUGGAUUAUAGAUUAUUUCAGGGACAUCUUACAAGAAGUAUUUAUCAUUUUAGUUCUUGUCUAUAUAUCAAUUAAAAUAUCGUAAGUAUAUUCAAUAUUAAUACAAUCUGAACAAUUUUGUUUGUUUUACAGAAGUGAAAUAAUUGUGAUUAACAUGAGAAAGAAACAUUGUUUAUUUAAUGUGAUACUCUUGCAUUUGUUCGUUAUAUAUAUUGCAAUGUUAAUUGUACUAAAAUUUGUAUGCACCAGUUAAAAAAAAUUAAUAAAAAUUCAAAAUACCAAAUGUUUUCUAUUCUGCUUUUAAACGUUUGUCAAAACCAGUUUCAUGGUCUCUUCAUUCUUCCUAAUCGCUUAAUUUGAUCUGGAGAUCGACUGUCUUU